AUUUUACUCAUGCAAUAGUUUGAAAUUCACAUUGACUGAAACCAUCAUCAUGGCCUUCAAUUCAGUUUACGCUUCAAGCGUUCUAAUAGAUCAGUCCUCUGAUACUGGACCCUUUAAGGCCGUCGCCUCGGACGAUGAAGUUUUUGUCGGUACCCUAUUUGACACGAUUCUCUAUGAGCGAGCUUGCUACCGCCUAAACCAGCUGAAGAAAUAUGAUUUUCCACUCAAGUACGACGAGCUAGCGUAUGAUUUCCUGUCAGCUUAUCGACUCUGUCUUGAGCCUAAAUUCCUGCACAACCGCCAUACAGCCACCUUUGCAACAUUGUUAGUUAAUUCAAAAAUGCUGACUCCGAAAGGCGUCCGCGCCUUUGUCCUAAGACACAAUGGCAAGUAUGACAUCUAUCCAUCUGAUGACACCGGCUAUCUGGAUGAAAAGGAUGUCGAUGAACUUAAUGAGGAUGAGUUCAGUGAUUUUGAUGAAGUGAAUCAUGGAUUUGGGUCAAUUCGCAAACAAGUUGGAUAUCAAGGCCCACCUCUGAUCACUAUCCGAUCGAAUUUGCUUACUAUCCUGGAAGAUAUUCAUGGUAAAAAGAUGGCUGAUGGCUAUUACAAACUCGACAAACAUUCGCAGGAUAUGAUUGCGGUGAUAAUUGCUCAUUUACGGAAACGCGUUUGGUAUAAUAAUGGAUCUGGAGGCAAGAUUGUAGAGAUCAAGAAUAUGGGUGUUGAUGGACGAUCCAAGGAAAAGGAUGAUGACAAUGAUGAUGACGACGAUAGCACCAUUCAUGAUGGAACGCGCGAUCAUCCAAUCAAAAAUGUCAAAGGUGUGGAUAAAUACACGCGACGUUUUAAUGGCAAGCGAAAGCGAGCCGAUUAUGUUCGGGAGAUGAUCAAUCGAUCUUCUUAUAGCUUCGAGGACCUGAACCGUGACCCUCCUACAGAAUACUCUGAUUCGGACGAGGAUGGUGAGGAUGGACUUGUGAAAGCACUUGAUAGGGUUCACUUGGAUGGAUUCACUGGAAGCGCGUUGAGAAACAUUCGAUGGUUACCAGCAAUCAGAUCUCGUGCUCUUUAUGACUGGAAUGGCGUGAACCAAGAUCUUCGACUGAUUGAUUUGCCAACGGAGCAAGACGAUGCAGCAUUUUAUGGAUGCCUGACUCGAGACAUCAUGAAGUAUUAUCAGACGCUGCUUCCACCACCAGAACUUACGGAGAAGCAUAGGCGGCUUCAAGAGCGCGUAGAAAAAACCAUUUCCGAAGCUUUCCCAACUGAAACGCUCAAAGUUGAGCCCUAUGGUUCAUUCGUGAGCGGACUCCUCAUGGCCAACAGCGAUGCCGACUUUGUUAUCACAGGCCCUAAUGUGAAUAAUCACACGAGUUUAAAUGAUAUGCAUUUCCUUGCAGAGGUGUUGGAGCAUCGCGGAGGAAUGAAGUACGUCUCCCCAGUCCCCCACGCAAUGGUGCCUAUUGUAAAAUUUACGGAUCCCGAAACGAACAUUGAGUGCGACAUUAACACAGGCAACAAUCUAGGUGUUUAUAAUUCCGAUCUGAUCCGGAUUUACACUACAUUGGAUGAACGUGUGAAGCCAUUCUUGUAUGUGAUAAAAGCCAUCUGCCGGGCACAGGGGAUCAAUGACUCAAGAAGUGGAUACCUCAGUAGCUAUGCCAUUACAUGGAUGGGGAUCGUGUUUCUUCAGCAACCCAGUGAUGUUAUUUCGCCAAGCACAUCAAGAGAAUGGGGAUGGGGUCCAGUCUCCAUCCUUCCAAAACUACAACAGCAACCGUUUGAGCGAAUGAAAUCGUUAAGCUUGCGUAUUAAACAUAAUACAAAAGGCAAUGGUCUUGUAAACUUCAACUCGGCCAGGAUUGUUGCCGUCUUUUAUGAUGAAAACAAAGACGGCAAACACACGAAUCAAGGGCGGACCAAUCCCAAAUCUUUGGCCCGAUUAUUAAUAGAAUUUUUCGAAUUUUUCUCACGACGAUUUAACUAUACAUCCAUGGCCAUCAAUGUUGGAGGAGGUGAUUUCGGAAGGAAGCUAAAGGAUAUGAACGAUGGGACUUUCAGAGUCAUAGAUCCAUUCCUUCAUCAUAGAAAUAUCACAGGCCCAUGCCGUGGUGAUUCCCUUGGCCGAGUAUGGAAGGUCUUUGAUUACGUUUACCAGAUGCUGAGCUCUGGCGACCUUGAGGCAGCGCUACGCAAAAUCGAAUAAUUAGAGUAUACAUGCAAUUGUUAUAGUCAUACCAUAUAUAACAUACAUACCCUAAGUUAUUUUUCAUAAGAUUUUUUUUUUAUUAUCAUAACAGUGCAAGUAUGUAC